CCUUUGAUAGCAUUCUCACAGUCUGCCAGCCUGAGAGAUCCUCCAAACCAAGCUUUUUUUGUUCUUUUCUUUUUCAAUCAACAAAAUGAAUUACCACCAACAAGCAAGCAAGACCUUAGCUCUUCGUUAUCCUCAGUCACAAUGACCAUAUUCAGGCAGAGGGUCAUUCUGCAGAAACCACAGCUCCCCGCCUGCUGGAGGACUUCAGCUCUUACCCAACACAAGACGCCAGACGAAAGCCACUUCAGACGUUCACAGCUUCCCGGCCAGAGUGAGCCAUGACGAGGACUUCUGCAUGCGUAUACCACUUCCUUGUUUUGAGCUGGUAUAUUUUUCUCAAUUAUCACAUCUCACAAAAAGGAAGGGAUACGCAGAUGUCCAAAAUCUUUCAAAAUGGUGGACAGUGGAAAUACUUGACACUCCUUAACCUGCUCUUGCAGGCCAUUUUCUAUGGGGUCGCUUUCCUGGAAGAUGUGCUGAAGAGAAUGAAAGGGAAAAAAGACAUUAAGUUCAUAACUGCCUUCAGAGACCUGCUUUUCACCACACUGGCUUUUCCUGUAUCCACAUUUGUAUUUUUGUCGUUCUGGCUACUCUUUCUCUAUGACCGAGAACUCGUUUACCCUAAGGCCCUAGAUGGUAUCUUUCCAGUGUGGCUCAAUCAUGCAAUGCACACGUUCAUACUCCCCUUUUCCCUGGUUGAAGUCAUCCUCAGGCCACACUGCUAUCCAUUGAAGAAGAAUGGACUCACCUUAUUGGCUGCUGCAAGUCUUGCUUACAUUAGCAGGGUCCUAUGGAUCUACUCUGCGACUGGUACGUGGGUGUAUCCUGUGUUUGCCAAACUCAGCCCAGUGGGUCUAGCAGCCUUCUUCUCUCUCAGCUACAUCUUUAUUGCCAGCAUCUACCUACUUGGAGAGAAGCUCAACCACUGCCAAUGGGGUGACAUGAGGCAGCCAAAGAAGAAGAAGUGAUUAUAUGCUGUUUUCCAAAAACUGAAAAGGAAGAAAACACAAGAGGGUGUUCUUUUCCCAUCUUUUGGGUUUUUUGUUUGUCUGUUUGUUUGUUUGGUGUGGGGAGGUGGUGGAGAAACAUAAGAAAGUAAAAAGGACAGGAAACAAUAUUUAAAUUAAAAAUAGGGUUAUGCAGGUAGCUCAAUUUGAGGACUUUUGGGUUUUAAAAGGCCAUGCAAAAUUAAAUCCUGCUGUCUCAGAAUUUGUGACCUUUGUCUGAACUCUGAAGAGUAUUGUCUGUGGUCAAAAUCUGACCAUAACCCCCCUCCCCCCAAAACAAAAAAACACACACACAAAAAACCCCUCAUAAACUCAGAGUUAGAGAAUGUUUAGACAGAGAAAGAAGUUCGGAUCAUUCAACAUCUUCACUUUACAGAAGAGGUUGCCGAGAAUGUAGGUGAGAAGUUACCUUCAUGAGGCCAAAGAGUUCAUGUCAGAACUAAGCCAGGAGCUUUUGUCUCCCAGAUCUUUUAAUUUCCAAUCCUGUGCCAUGUUUUUAAUAAUCCCAACUUUCCUAAAAACAAGCAUUUUCAUAAGCUAGUUAUUUUCAUGGAUUUCUCAUCUAUUUUUCCCCCUCAAUCUAGACAGAAGUGUAGGGAGAUUCUACCUGGUAUGGUAUAAUGGCAAAUUAUUUGGGGAAAUGAGAAAAUCAGUUAUAAAAAUAUUAGGAAACCUUUCCCCCUUGUGAGCAAGCAUCCAGGGCAAGUAUAAACACUGAACAUAAUGACAUUGUCAAAAUCUCUUCCGUUCAAGCAUUGAUUAACUUGUCAAAUAAAUGUUGUACAUUUUACUUGGGGAACAGUCUAAGUGGGAAGUGAUAUGAUUAUGAGGACUGCUGAGAUUGCUUUGGUACAAAGUACUUUGCUAAGUUAGUUUAUGAUUUAUCAAAGCUGAUUGUCAGCAAGCACAUUCAUGAACCCUGCUUCGAUUUUCCUAAUGGAAUUUUCCAGGUCUGUUUUUGUAAAGAAAUAUGUGGUGGGUAAAGAUAGUCAAGUUUAUUGGUGUGUCAAAGGCCCAGGGGCGUUGGGGUGUGCGCACCAGAAUAAAUUGUACUUGAGCUUCCCAACCAAACACGAUACAGGAGAAAUUUGGUAAAAAUGGGUAAAACCUGGUAACACUGUGGCUAGGACCAAAUUAAAUCUUGAUUGCUACAUAA